CAACAGUGACUCACGCAGAGACGCCCCUUGGACCGCUCAGGUUUCUUUCUCCUGCCCCACCCCGCUUGGAAGCACAAGCACCACUCCGGCUUCUUGAAAUUGCACCCCCCACACAGACACACACACACCCCGGCCCUGGACGUGCGCCUGGCGGCUUUCCGAGUUUCCCUUUCGGUUGUUCAACUCCAUCCUUCCCAUGUGCCUCCGACGCCGCUUUUCGGCCUCCUGACAACUGGGUCCGGGGCGGCUCCUUCGGCAAGAGCGGCCUUCUUCCUCUCCCUUGUUCUGGCCUUCUUGAGCCUGGGUGUUUGGGACUUUUCCGCCGAGGGCGAGGCGCCUCCCGGGAAGAGCCGUGCGCGCGGGCCUGCGCUCCGACUCGGCCAUGGCUGCAGAGGCGGCGGCCGGGCGGCAGCUCCCGCCAUCCUCGGGGGGGCCAGGGGCUUCUGACAACCUCUCGUACAUCCUUCGGGUUGGAAGGGCCCUUCUGAUUGGAUUCAUCAGAUCUCUGUUUCAGCAACAUGCCAAUGACCAUCCUCAGCGGGCCUCAGUGGAACAGCUGAGUGAAGACGUCGCACUGAUGGAUGACUUGGCUAGGGAGGAUGUGUCAGCUGCUGACCAGGUCUCCUCGCUGCGAGAAUUCAUGCUCCGCCUGUGGCAAGAACUCAGCAAUAACUCAGAAAUCACCAGUAUGGUGCAUAGUGUCACCGGUAACUCUAACAACCCACUCAAAGUCCUGGCCGAAGUCUCAGAGACCAUGUUUGCCAACGGGAUCAACUGGGGUCGGAUUGUUGUCUUCUUCUACUUUGCGUACAGAGUCAUUGCCCAGACUAGUUCCAGCUGGUUCCCUGCUGUUCUGGAAUGGGCUACAGACUUCUUGCAGAACCGCCUGGUGGCUUGGAUCCAGCAACAGGGGGGCUGGAUUGCUAUGCUGAAUUACACCAUUUCUUCAAGGUGUAGACGGAGACCAGAGAACACCCUCAGCUCUAUGGACUGAUGCACUUACACUCCUGUUGCAAAUGGGACUGAAAAUAAUUUGAUGCCCUGCAAAUUUGCUCUCUGCCAUGACCACAAUAUGGCAGAUGUGAAACUUCUUCUUAAGAGUGUUGGGGGUUUAGAGGCUAGUGUUUCUCCCUUUGGCCUGUGAGAGAGGGUCUCGAAUCCUUUUUUUGAGUCAUGAAGCUUGCUGGGCAACUUCAGGCCUGUCACCGUCUUUCAGCAUAACCUUCCUCAUAGGGUUGUUGUGAAGCUUCACGGAGAUAACCUCUGUAUUUCUCACCAUGAGCUCUUACGGGCAGGGACAGGAUAUAAAUAUAUUUUCCAGGGAUGUAUUGUUUCAAUAAAAUACUCUGUCUAAAAACCCAGCAUCCCAUUUGUGGAGGGGGUUUGCAGGGCUU